GCGGGGCGAAGCACGGUUGCGCAUGCUCGGUGUGGACGGGCCCCCUGCUGCCACGGCUGCCACCGCCCACUCCGGACUUAGAGCGAGCAGCAGGCGGCAGUCAAGGGGAGAAGGGCCCCGCUGGGCGAGCGCACGGCCAUGGCCCCGUGGCUGCAGCUCUGUUCCUUCUUCUUCACUGUCAAUGCCUGCCUCAACGGCUCGCAGCUGGCAGUGGCUGCGGGCGGCUCGGGCCGCGCGAGGGGCGCCGACACCUGUGGCUGGAGGGGAGUGGGGCUGGCCAGCAGAAGCAGCGGGCUGUACAACAUCACCUUCAGAUAUGACAACUGUACGACCUACUUGAAUCCAGUUGGGAAGCACAUGAUAGCCGAUGCCCAGAACAUCACAAUCAGCCAGUAUGCUUGCCGUGACCAAGUGGCAGUCACGGUUCUUUGGUCCCCAGGGGCCCUUGGCAUUGAAUUCCUGAAGGGAUUUCGAGUAAUACUGGAGGAGCUGAAGUCAGAGGGAAGACAGUGCCAGCAGCUGAUUCUAAAGGACCCGAAGCAGCUCAACAGUAGCUUCAAAAGAAUGGGAAUGGAAUCUCAGCCUUUCCUGAAUAUGAAAUUUGAAACAGAUUACUUUGUCAAGAUUGUCCCUUUCCCCUCCAUUAAAAAUGAAAGCAAUUACCACCCUUUCUUCUUCAGAACCCGGGCCUGUGACCUGCUGUUACAACCUGACAACAUGGCCUGUAAGCCCUUCUGGAAGCCUCGAAGUCUGAAUAUCACCCAGCACGGCUCAGACGUCCAGGUGUCCUUUGACCAUGCGCCACAUAACUUCGGCUUCCGUGGCUUCUACCUUCACUACAAGCUCAAGCACGAAGGCCCCUUCCGGCGGAGGACGUGCAAGCAGGACCAGAAUUCAGAGACGAGCAGCUGCCUCCUCCAGAAUGUUUCUCCAGGGGGUUAUGUCAUUGAGCUGGUGGACGACAACAACACAACCAGGAAAGUGGCGCAUUAUGCGGUCAGACCAGUGCACUCUCCCUGGGCGGGACCCAUCCGAGCUGUGGCCAUCACGGUACCUCUGGUCGUCAUCUCGGCGUUCGCGACGCUCUUCACUGUGAUGUGCAGAAAGAAACAGCAAGAAAAUAUAUAUUCACAUUUAGAUGAAGAAAGCCCCGAGUCCUCCACGUACGCUGCGGCUCUUCCCAGAGACAGGCUCCGGCCACGGCCCAAGGUCUUUCUCUGCUACUCCAGUAAAGAUGGCCAGAAUCACAUGAAUGUGGUCCAGUGUUUCGCCCACUUCCUCCAGGAUUUCUGUGGCUGUGAGGUGGCACUGGACCUCUGGGAGGAUUUCAGCCUCUGCAGAGAAGGGCAGAGAGAAUGGGUCACUCAGAAGAUCCACGAGUCUCAGUUCAUCAUUGUUGUGUGCUCCAAAGGCAUGAAGUACUUUGUGGACAAGAAGAACUACAAACACAAAGGAGGCAGUCGAGGCGGCGGGCAAGGGGAGCUCUUUGUGGUAGCUGUGACAGCCAUUGCAGAAAAGCUUCGUCAGGCCAAGCAGAGCUCACCCGCAGCGCUGAGCAAGUUUAUCGCCGUCUACUUUGAUUACUCCUGUGAAGGGGAUGUCCCCUGCAUCCUGGACCUGAGCACCAAGUACAAGCUCAUGGACAACCUUCCUGAGCUGUGUUCUCAUCUGCACUCAGGAGAGCACAGCCUUCAGGGGCUGGGUCAGCCAGGGCCUAGCAGCAGGAGGAACUACUUCCGGAGCAAAUCUGGCCGCUCCUUGUAUGUAGCCAUUUGCAGCAUGCACCAGUUUAUUGAUGAGGAGCCCGACUGGUUCGAGAAGCAAUUUAUGCCCUUCCAUCCUCCCGCUGUGUGCCGCCGGGAGCCAGUCCUGGAGAAGUUUGACUCAGGUUUGGUUUUAAAUGAUGGCGUAAGCAAACCAGGGCCAGAGAGUGACUUCUGUCUGACAGCCGAGGCUUCUCUACUUGGGGCCACCAGGCCAGCUGACUCAUACCCACACCUGGAAAGUCAGCGUGGAGGCCUGAACCAAGACACUGAGACCCAGCCCACCUGUGAGAGUGGCCCUGCCUUGCAGCCCUUGUUGCAUGCGGUCAAAGCUGGCAUUUCCUCGGAUAUGCCACGGGACUCGGGCAUAUAUGAUUCCUCUGUGCCCUCGUCAGAGUUGUCUCUGCCUCUGAUGGAGGGACUGUCUCCUGACCAGAUGGAGACAUCUUCUCUGACCGGGAGUGUAUCUUCUUCCUCUGGUCUAGGUGAGGAGGAUUCCCCUACCCUCCCUUCCAAGCUCCUUGCCUCUGGGGUGUGCAAAACAGAGCGUGUUUGCCACAGCUACACUGAUGAACUCCAAGCAGUUGCCCCUUUGUAAGGACAUGGAAGAGUCUGAGCAUCGCCACUUUAAUUGCUGCUUGCUCUGGUUGCCCAGCUCACCUCUGGGGUUGUGCGGCCACUUGGAGCUGAAGAUUCACACAAGGAUAUUCGGAGUGAAAUUGGGGCCAAUCCUUGAUCCUUUCUGCUCCAGCCUGAGUCUCCGAUUUCCCAGAAGCAUAUGGUGCUCUGCAAGACACUUCCUUUAGACCAGGCAGCAGCUGGCUGUGUGAGGCCGGUCCUCGGAUUGGAGCCCACUCUGGGAGGUGGGGGGAAGCAGGUAAAGAGAAGUAGGAAGCACCAACACUUCUGUUCCCUUUCGGCUACUUUGAUUCAAAAUGCUUUGUGGAAAGAGCACUUUGAACAUCAUUUCAGCUACAUAUGUCAACCAAGUACUGUCUGGGACCCGAUUGUGCUGCAAGUGGUGUUUCCAUUCAGUUUCGGUGUGAAACUUAACACUGUCCCACGUGUUGAGUAAAUUUUGAGUCAAAUGUCCAGAUAAUGGCUGAAUGUCUACCCAGCCACAUUUCCACAUUUCAUGAAAAACUUUCUCUGUAUUACUGGGAAACAUGGCUGACCAGGAUGGAAUCCAAUGGAGCAGGUUGACCAUCUUGAUCAUCGUAUGUGAAGAAGAUGCCAGAACCUGGGCAUCUUCCCUGGGACUAAGUAGCCAUCGUGUGGGGAUCACAGCUGUCUGUUUAGUUUCUCUGGGUUAUGCUUACUGCUCUGUAGCUCGGGCGAUGAUGGCUGGAAAUAAGGACGAUUACCCAGCUGGACAACGUUAUUGGAAGUUGUAGUUUGUGCUUUGGCUAGUGCUCUGUGUUCUGAAUGUUAGAGGUCAAAAUCUCCUAAAAUACAACAGCGUGUGGGUGGUGGCUAGUAAAUCUGCUGACGUGACAAACCUCCUUUGUAGAAAGCAGAAAGGAGGGGAUUGUUACAAAAGUAAAUGUAUUUUUCUGAACGACUCUUGUACAGAAGUUGUUUCCAAAGACAAAACAUCUCUCCACAUGCUCUUUAUGAAUUAGGUGUAUAUAGUGAUGCAUCUGUGUCUACAGAAAACCUCAUCCUCUUGCCCUGGCGCACUUGGUGUACGCGUCCUUCUCCACUGUUAUCGUCAGGGAUGUUGGAUGUUGGCAGUCUGUUUUCUCAGUGUUCUACUGGGAACUGUGAAGGAUUUUCCCUUUCCUUAACCAGAUAGGAUCAACCUUAAGGAGGAUUUCUAAGAAAGACCCCACGGCCGGGUGGGCGGGAGAUGAGCAAGUCUUUCCCUUCUAGGAGAUGUUUAGUGGGAUGGGAAGGGAAGCCUUGGCUCCUACUGAGAAGUGGUCUGUGUGUGUUUUGGAUGGAAGAUUCCCCGUGCUCUGUACAAGCGACUGGCAGCUGUUCUGGGUGAGCUGUGAGGCGGUCUCACCGGAAAACCAGGGCUCUGAGCAGAGGAGUUCAUUCCAUAUUGUCACUGUGGAUUCCAGACCAAGCAGACAGAGCUCCCAGCUCCACGGGGCUCCCCUGACCAGACUCAGUCUUGGCAUUCAUUCUCUGAAGGAGAUCAGUGGGCCUAAAUUGCUAACGUAUGACCAUUUACUGGGAACAUCAUUAGAGAGGCUUUUUUUUUUUCUUUUCAGACUGAGGCCAAGAAAUAUUUUAUGCCCUACAAAGAGCCCAGCCCCCUUCUCCAAGAAACCACUUUUAGCACAGAUACUCAGCUUUGGAUAGGGAAUGUGGGACCCCUGAGACUGCCUAGGGGGGCAGCAUGAGGCUUUAGGCACAGGGCUAAGCAAGGCCCAGGUGGAAAGCUCACUGGUGAGGACACUGUAUGAGCUGCUGCCUAAUGUGCUAGUCUGAAAGGCUAGGAUCAUCAGGGAAUGUUUCGGUUUGGAUUUAGUGAUUGGAUGCUUUUAUUUUGAACUACAACUAUUUCUGACCAGGAGACUCGGAUUCUAAUGUGCCAAGUGAUGAAGCUAAGGUUGCUUAACUCAGGAUAAGACAGACAGUGGGCAAUGAAGGGAAAUUUUGUUAGCCCCCGUUCCCCUCCAUCUCAUCACUUGAGCUAGGGAUGAGAAUGGCCGUGCAGAUGGAGGCAAAGUGUCUGUUCUCGACAGAGCUGCAGUUUUUGACUCAAAAUUGUCCCAUGAAGUAAGACAGUAAGAUGGAGUCAGAGAAAGGUUCUGACAAGGCACAGGCUCUUUGGUGUUGUGGGGAAACAAGAGGAGGCUGGGUCUGAACAUGGGUAAGGAAAGGGUGUCCGUUGGAAACGAGGCUAGGGUGAGACCAGGGCACCAGGAAGCCACAGAUGAUGAAGUAGUUGUUGACCUGUAUCUAAGGGUGUCCCACAAGUUCAUCUGAUGCUGAGAAACCUCGCUACGGGGUGUGUGCUCUGAGCAGUUGGAGGCAAGUAACAGGAACCACAUCAAUGGGCUACAUGGAUGCAGAGACCUGGGGCUUUGGGGCACAUGGAUUUUUAAAAAGAGAAGUCAUCCUUGCCCAGGCCCAGGGAUUCAGAUGGGAAGUAGGCAGGUAAUAGAGUAUUCUGAGUCAAAAAUGAGACUGGGCCUUAAAGUUAUGAUCUGAAGGUUUUGAAUAGCAGGCAAGUGCUAACUGAAGUCAGUCCUGGGCCAGAAGCCUAAAGCUGUCUUUAGAGAUGAUGAGGUCACUGGAGUCAGCUCGCAGGAAGGUAUAGGUUCCAGUUCACGUGGGAUUGAAGUUCAGACUUCCACGUCAUAGCCAUGUGAUUGCUUUUGUUACUGAUUUUCUUGACAGCCUCUAAUGUUAGGUCCUCUAACUUUUAUGUAAGAUAGGAAACUGUCCCCUCCAAACUAUGGGGUUCCAGGUUGUGGGAGUUUUUCACAAGGAGGAGGGACACUGUCUUAUUCCUGAAGGAGAAAGAAAGGGAAACAUGAAAUCCCUAACUACCUCAACACAAGAGAGAACAUUCUGCCUUUAUUGGGAAAAGGUAGGCAAUGCCAAAGUGAAGGUUUCUCGUCUUUUUCUUCUGUCUUCCUUGUUGGGAUUGACUGCUCACAGCUGGCAGAGUCUGUGCUUCCUGGGGCACCGGCAUACUCGGGCGUGAGGAAAGCGGCAAUGGCGCCCCCUCGCAGAGAGACAGUAGGCCAUGGUGGCAGCUGGAGCAAACAGAGGCACCCCUGUCCAACCUCCAGGAGCAAGGAACAUUCUAGAUGAGUGUCUCUGUGCAGUGUUACCUGGUUUUCCCAGUUUUCGAGAAAACCUGAUAAUUUCUGAUUUUUAAGCUAUUAAUGUCAAGCACUGGCAAGCCCAGCAACCCAAGUUUAGUUCUGUGAACCCACCCUCUUCUGAAAAUUGUCUUCUUUCACUUCCUCAUGAUGGCUGUGUCACUUACAGAUACUCACAGAUUGCACACGUGUGUGCAUGCAUGUGUGGGUGUGCACACGUGUGCCUGUGCACGCGUAUGCACUAAAUUAAAAAAGAAAUAAGUCAAACAUUGGCAAUUAAACUUCAGGAACUACUAAAGUGAAUUCAGGACCAAUAGAGCAUGUGGACGGAUCUAAUUUCACAGUAACUGCCAGGUUGUGGCUUCUGCUUUGUAAGAUGUGAAAUAAACCAUCUACAGUAAUUGCAAAUGUGUGGGCCUUGGGAAAAGCUGCUGCUAGCCCUGUCCUUCAGGAAAGCUAAUGCGAUCCUGCCCAUGUAGCCCAGGCUGGCUGUGAACUCCUGAUGCCUCUCUCUCGGGCAUGCACCCACAGCCUCCAUAUGAUUCUGGAUGCAUUUGACAUGUUUUGAUUGUGUCUUUUCAUGUCUCAAGAGAAGGGCAGCUCAGCUCUUGAUUUCAAAUUCAGAUUUAUACUGUCCUGCCUUUGAAAGCAGGCAACAGUUGCAUUUAAAUCCCUGGACUUUGGGGGCCUUAUUUAUAGUUUUAGUUGUAAUCAUGUUUUUAUGUGGGGGGCAGUUCUGAGCUUAUGCCCAGAAACUUAUUUGGGGAGUAUAGCAAAAACUCUCCUAGAGCGCCCCCACACUGGGCGUUGGAAUUGCCCUUUUUCUGCAGCCUAGGACUCUUGGAGGUUUAUAUAGGAAAUGGAGAGAAGCAUUUCCUGUUGUUGAGAUGCCAGGUGACCGUUUGGCCACCCUUGUCAUAACACCACUUUUCCAGAUCCAAGGGUGAAAGUUAGCAAAAGCAGUCUGGCUGUAAGCGGUUAGCUCCGGUUCUGGUUUCAGAAUUUGAGGGUGAGAAGAGAGAGGCUUAGAUCACCCAGCACGUUCCCUCUGUCUGCUCAAGACAGCUGAGCUGUUCCAGACGCAAGGCUGUGGCUGAGAGUCUGGCUCUAAAGGGAAGGAGAUCCUGUAACCUCCCUGCUGAUCAGAUAGUUCUUGGUAUGAAUUUCUUGCAGAAAUUCAAGCCAGCUUUCCUUUGUUUACGGUGUAGAGGAGAAAGAACAGCUGGUCACCUUCCCAGUACUGAAAGCCACAGUGAAGUCACCCCCCGGUGUUUCUUCAGUGGGGAAUAAUCCCGCCCACCCAAAGACUUUCACAGCUCUUCUCCAGGGGCUCCCCCGGUCCUGCCCUUCUCAGCCCUUCUCUGCUUCACCUCAGUGUUGUUCCCCCAACGACGCCAGUGCCUUGUUCUCAUGGGUGCCGUCUGUCAGCCAUACCUCAGUUAGGAUUACAGGGAAAUCUGCGGCCUGGCUGCUCUCACCACGGAAAAAAUAGCAUGGCACUUUAAAAACCUGUCAUAUCACUGACAUGCAUUCAGAGGGUUAUGACCACUGCUGCUUGUUCUCUCGGUGGUAGGCCUUGCUCCGGAUUGUAGCUUCUUUGCUCCUGCAGGCAGUUGGUGCUUAUUCCUGUUGUAUUUAGCGUCUUCCUUUAAUCUGAAGACACCCUUCAAGGCCAGCCUUACCUUCAGAGUGGCAGCUACCCCACACUCCAAUUUUGGGUUCUGCUUUUACCUAUCUCUAGACUUGACCUUUGUUUUGUGUGUCAUAUUAUUGUUUAAAUGGUGUACACUACAGCAGAACCUCUGGCAAGGUAAGACCUGGGGUUUGCUAAGUGCCACCUUCUCAUUGCUGAUGGGAACCAAUCUACCAACCCCUUUGAAUGCCUCAGGGAGGGCCUCUGGGGAGUUUUGGCCAAUUGUUUUCCACCCCUUGGAUCAUCCUUGGUAUUCACCCAGGACCACAGACACCAGGGCAGUAUCUCUCAGUUGAGCAGGCACAGUGGAUGAUACAGUCAGAAGCAAUCAUUCCAACUACACAGCUUAUAUUUCUAUCAUAGAAUCCGGCAGAAAGAGUCAAGGAGCAGCCGUCCGUGACUGCCACCGGAUUAUACGCAAUGUGCUCAUCUGUUAUUUUAAAACAUUUCUCUCCCUCUCAAAGAAGCAUGUCAAGUUUGGACAGCAGCGAAAAAUUCCAUACAAAUAUAAAAUGUUCAUUUUGAGAGUAACUUGAAUUCUUGUUAUCCGUUUAGAAAACAAAUAUUUUUGCUGUCGAAGCUCCCAUGUUGAGGAGGAAGGCCUGCAGGCAUGGUGGCGACUGGUGCCUUUGUUUGUGUUGUCCUUUAAGUUUCUUCUUUGUGGGAUUUGGCGGAGAGUGAGCACUGCCAGCCUGUGUCUGCGGGCCGUGUUUUUACAUUGGAGAUAUUGGUGGUGUAUUUGUACAAAACUCUAAAUAGAUGGUAGUCAGUCAUGGCUGACAUUUGUAAGAUGUUUUUGUGCCUUAGAAUUCCUGCGUCAAAUAAAAUGUUUUGUCGAACGCC